AGAAGACAAGUUAUAUUUUGGAAAAGAUGACAAAAAACAAACAAUGCCUUGUUUCGAAUCUUCUGGUGAUGAGCAUGUGCUAAAAUCACCCUCUCUUUCAAAAUCAAUUAUUGCAAAAGAUUUAGAAGCUAAGGACUUUGAUAAAUCAUUAGUUGGAGCAGAAGACAAGUUAUAUUUUGGAAAAAAUGACAAAAAACAAAUAUUGCCUUGUUUCGAAUCUUCUGUUGAUGAGCAUGUGCUAAAAUCGACCUCUCUUUCGAAAUCAAUUAUUGCAAAAGAUUUAGAAGCUAAGGACUUUGAUAAAUCAUUAGUUAAAGCAGAAGACAAGUUAUAUAUUGGAAAAGAUGACAAAAAUCAAAUAAUGCCUUGUUUCGAAUCUUCUGUUAAUGAGCAUCUAUUAAAAUCGUCCUCUGUUUCGAAAUCAACUAUUGCAAAAAAUUUAGAAGCAAUGGACUUUGAUAAAUCAUUAGUUGAGGCAGGAGACAAGUUAUAUAUUGGAAAAGAUGAAAAAAAUCAAAUAAUGCCUUGUUUCGAAUCUUCUGUUAAUAAGCAUCUAUUAAAAUCGUCCUCUGUUUCGAAAUCAACUAUUGCAAGAGAUUUAGAAGCUAAGGACUUUGAUGAUCCAUCAGUUGAAGCAGAAGACAAGUUAUCUAUUGAAAAAUAUGACACAAAACAAAUAAUGCCUUGUUUCGAAUAUUCUGUUGAUGACGAUGUGAAUAGUUGGAGGUCAAACCAUGGGCAGGAUCCAGAAAAGUCUGAAGAGUCGUUGGCUAAAAAAAAGUUUUCCUUUGAGGACUCUGAAAAUGCAACUGCAGGAAUUGAAAAUAACUUCGAAGAUUUGAAGAAAAGAAUCUCUCGUCCAACCAAUAUUAAAUUAAAAUCGGAAGAUACUACUGAGUGCAUAAAGUAUAUCUUCGAAAAAUUGGGUUAUCCAUUUGAAAAUACAUUCAGACUAGAAGAUUCUUCUUCUGGUAAUCAAAAGUUAUCAAAAAAAACUGAACCGAUUGAUAACAAAUCUAUUUCUUCACAUUUAUGUCUUGAUACAAAAUCAAACAUUCUGAAAAUUAAAAACCUAAAAUCUUCCUUUUUUGGUUCUGAAGAUACAAAUAUGGAAAAUCAUCCAAUCCUUCAUUCAAGUUUACUGAAUGAUCAAAAUGAAAGUGCUUUCAGUCAGUUCACAGAAAAUACAGAAUUGGAGCUAAGUGAUGAACGAAGUGAAUUUUUGAUGAAACUCAGUAAUGAAAAAUACUCUCAUUCAAAUGGUCAAAUCAAACAAAAAUUAGAAGUUCGAUCAGUUAAGUCAAGUGACACAGAUGAAGUUCAAAGCCCUAUAUCCAUAAAUGAUAAUACAACAAAAGUAUACAAGAUUCGCGAGAAUUUUUCAGUUGAAAAAAAAUCAUUUGAAGAUACAUCUAAUACACAAACCUCUUUACAGAAUGGAAACAAUAUUGUUCUUGAAAACACUAAUUUGAAAAUGGAUAUAUCAGAAAAUAUAGAACCUGGAUACGAUAUCCGUGUAAAUAGUCAUUCUAUUAGUAAUUUUCCGAAUAAGUUGUAUGAAUGGAACUCUAGUAAAUUUGACAGAAUUAUUUCUUCAACUUCUUCCGGAAAUGAAAUCUCCGUUAGGACUGUUCCAACAGAUAUAUCGGAUGACAAUGUUUCAUAUGAUGAGCCUAACGUAAUGAAUUCCUAUAAAAUCAAUUCUGAAAAUAAAAUGAUAUUUGAUGAUAAGAGUAUAAAAAAAAAUGAAAGCAAGGAAAAUCGAUUGGAAUUUCGAACUGAAGAAAAAACAAAAACAAAUGCAAGUUCAUGGAAUGAGUCGGGUUCAAAACGACAAAAUCUUAUGAAAAAAUCAGAAACUGAGACAACAUUUUCGUGCGUUUCACCAAUAUCAAAAACACAGGCAAAAUUUGAUAUUAACAUAAAUAAUGGAAAAACAACCAUAAUGCCAAAGCCGAAUUCAAUAAUAAAAGUUUCCAACAAAGUGCAAUCAACUUUGUCACGAGAUCAGAAAAUUGGCAAAACAAAUUCUUUACAAAAAGAUGAUAUAAAUAUUUUGACACCAGAUUACAUACAUGGAUUCGGGGGAAGUUCAAGUAAAUUCAAUAUAAGCACUUGUAUGGAUAACGAAAUGAAUGCCAUGAACACUGGUCAAUCAAAAGCUACUGAAAAAUCAAAAUCGAAUCCAAUUUUCAAAAGUAAUUUCGAUUCUAGAAAAAAUAAAGAUAAAUCUUCUUCAACUCAAAAAGUUUCAUCCAAAUGUAUUAUAAGUUCAGAUGAAGAAAUGUACAGCACUUCAAACACAAAUAAAGUAAAUCAUGAUAAACGAGGACAAUAUACUCAAAUAAAAAAAAAUGCGACUGAGAAUUUGAAAAAAUCUAAAUAUAAACCUAAUACAUCAAAACUUAAUAAAAGAAUUGAAAAAUCAAUAAAGGCCCCUUUAAAAACUGCAAAAGUGCAAAUGAAAAGAGUUGAACAAAGCAAAAUGACAUUAGACAUGGACAAAAUUGAUACGAAAGACAUGAAACAUGAACAAAUACAACCCACACAAAAGACAGAAUCAAAAGAAGAAGCCAAGAUACAAAAAAAGCACACAUUUGACAUCAUUUAUGCAAAUACCGAUGCGGAUGAAAUAUUUCGUUGUAAAUCAGCGUUACAAUAUAGCAACUUAGAUUAUACAAUAGCUGUUGAAUUAACACAGGAUCAAUCUAGUUCGGUUCCUUCCAGUCCAAAUCGUUUGAUCAAAUCCAAAAAAUCCGAACGCAAUAAACAAUUCACCAGUGAAGUUUUUAUGCGAACGGUGAAUUCUUCUUCGAUAGAAAUGAUCUACAAUCGCCGAUCAAGCAAUGGCGACAAUAAUCGGCGCUACCGUGAACUUGAGGCUGGAUUCAUUGAUACAACCGAUUCCAGUUUAUCGGAUUCAGUAGCAUUGCCUUCUUCUUCUACUUCGGAAAAUCAAAAUCCAGAGAGUCAAUUCGUCUCAAUACAAGGAGUAAAAUCUGUUCGUCAUCACACUCGUCAAUAUACACAAAACCAACAAAAGGGAUUAGUCGGUCAUUUUGGUAGUUACAAAAUUUCGGAUAUAUCACCAACGGCAUCACCCUCUGUGUCAGUCAAUGACAGUAUGAUUAUAGUCGAAAACCAUUCAUCACCAAAUCUUGACCUCAGCGCAAUAUCAAAACUUCAUCAAAAACUAAAAAAUGAUCACCAGAUUGUUUCAUUUACAGCAACCACUCGAACUUCAAAUAUGAAUGAAAUACCAAAGAUCUCAAUCACUCAAGAUUUCACGGAUGACGAAGAUAUCGAUAGUGAAUAUGCAGGAAAUAUUGAAGAUAUACUCACCGAUGUUGAAGAGUUGGAUAGCGAUGAAAAAAAAAACCAAUUACCAUCAAGUCAACUAUUGAAAACACUUAAAAAAGUUAAACCGAAAAACAAAGAUUAUAGUGCAACUGAUAUUGAGGAUUGCCAAGACUCCGGUUCAAAUGAUUCAGUAGAUUUGAUGCAAGAUUUUGAGGAACAUUUAAGUUUGAAUGAAUUUUUGGAUCAAGGAUUUAUUGAAGAGACAGUCUGCGGUGAUAACGAUAAGAUAAAACACAGCCGGAGAACCAAACAUUCCCGUUUGAAUGUACCAAAAGAAGACGAUGGUGCUGUUACUGAUUGUGAAGACUUGAAUACAUCCGAUAAUGAACUAAUUAUUGAAGAAAUCCCAAAUGAUUUCAAAUUUGAUAAUUUUUUGAUAGAAAAUGACGACUUCGGGUCGUUUCAUGUUGAGAAUUCCAAAUAUGUCCAUAAUAAAAAUAUAUUCAUGAAUGGUAUGUCAAAUGUGGAUGGUUCCGAUAGCAAUUUUCAUAGGAGAAAUUGGGAAGAAACGUCGGACGUUGAAAACAUUGCAUUUUCGGAUCAAGAAGAUCAAAACACAUUCCCCGAUCAUAUAAAUCAAUGUGCCAACGCAUUUGAUGCGGAAGAAAUAAUUUUAGAGGCUAGCGAUAAUGAUGAUGCAUUCUUUAAAAGUGAAGCAAUACCAGAAAUAUGUGUUGAAUUCAAAAGCAAUAGAACAAAAAAAUUGCGUUUCAGUAGCAAUAGACAAAAAAAUAGAAAUUCAUUGUCUGUACAACCAAUUCCGGAUGAAGCUGUGACUGAUGUGGAAAACAUAGACUCAUCCGAUGAUGAGGGCUUUAACCUGAAGAAGAAUAUGAUAAUCCCUAUAGCAUAUGUGAACACUUCGAGUAAACCAUAUACUGAUGUUGAAGAUUUUGAUGUUGACGAUGAUUGCAUUGCAACCACUUCAAAUGAUAUCAAACUACCAUCGCCAGUUCGUGAAAUAACAGUAAUGAGAGAAGAUCAACAUGGUGAUCCUGUUGCCAAAGUAAUGCCUUUGGUGCUUAGUGCGAAUAGAUCCUUUUUAGGAAUACGAGAAGAUUAUGUCGAAAAAGGUUUAACUGACACAGAAGAUAUGAGUGGGAAUGAAGAAGAUUACGAUGAUGAUGUUAAUUAUGAAAUAGUUGAAAUACCAAAUAUGGAUGGUGGAAUUGUAAGUUCUGCUGAAGGUUUAACGUCAUUCAGUCGUAACCAAAAAUCUGCUGAGCAUGAACAAUUGACAGAUAUUGAAGAGAUUCGUGUGAGUAGUGAAAGAUAUUUGCGACGCAAACGAUUGAAAAAAUCAUUGAAAACCAAAGGAGGUCUCCUAGAUGUUAAUGGAGAUGAAUGUGGGGAUGUUACAGAGAAUGAAGAGCUUUAUUUAAGUGAUAUUGAAACUGAUUUGAAUCGCAUCAUUGUACAUGAGCAAAGAAAUCAUGAAGAUGCUUACACUGAUACUGAAGAGUUUUCAGGCGAUGAGAAUACCAUUAAGAAAUGUAAUAAUGAAAUUGAUGUACAUGUUCUACAACAAGAAGCUUUCUUUUCAACGAUUACAUCGACAGAUGGUGGACAGGGUAAACCACUUUCACAACAUGGCCAUUCAAAAAUUUCAACAACCAUCAAAACUUGUGAGGAGAAGCAAGAAUCCUCUGCUGAUAUGUCAUACACAGACGUGGAAGAAUUGGAACAAACCGAAGGAGACGAUUUCCUGGAUGUUGAUUCACAAUCACGUGGUGUAGAAUCCCCACAAAAACUUGAAGAUGACUUGAAUGAUGCGAGUAGCACAAAUGGAACAAACGACUAUUUGAAAUUAGUUCGUUCGGAAGCUAUACAAUUGGUUGAUAAUAUACUUGACCGGAGUAUUUUCUUUAUUAAUUCCCAACAACAUUCAUCAAAUACUUUGAAUUCAGAAAGUGAAAAUUUUGCUAUCAAAUGCGAUCCGCAUGGUGCUGAUCUAAUUAAAUCACCGACUAUCGAAUCAAUGUCGGGAAAAUCUUUUGACGAUAAUCUUAGCGGUCCGGAUGAAAACAAUCCGCUGAACGAAGGUCUGAGUUUCAAUCAAACGUUAUAUGACCAAUCAAAUGAUCAUAAUUCAAGAAGUCUAAGAAGUCUAAUUACUCCAAAACCAACACCUCGUUCGUUCAACCCUAAUAACUAUGAUGCUAUUGCUUCAGAAACAGUUGAUGAUGUGCAUACUUCAGAAAUUGACAAAGAUGAUAAUAGGGCCUGUACCGCAAUUGAUCGAAGUUCAGGUGAUUUUUCUGAAACAAAAAAAUUUUGGCAAUCACUUGAGUCCGGUUCAAUAGAUGAUCCAAACAUUUCACCAAUACCAAAGCCACGUUCACAAUCACAUGUUCAAGUCAGAGGUGUUCGAUACAUUAAUGAUGAUUUUGAUACAGUUAACUUAUUGACCAGCAUUACCCCAAAUGAACAAAAUAUUAGUCAAACAUCAUUGAGCAAUAAGGACAUUGAUCGACACAAUGUUCCAAUUACUGAUCAUUUGAAUAAUGUAAGCCCAAAACUUUCGGAUCACAACGAUAUUAUAUUACAUUCAGCAGAAAAAUAUUCUGCAUCUAUAUAUAAUGUUAAAGAACGCGAAAAUAUAUUAGAUGACGACGAUGAUGAAGAUGUAUUAAAUGAAAAAAAAACAGCUGCUUUUUAUAUUGGUGAGUCAAGCGGAGAUCUUAUUACAAAAUCAGCGAUUGAAAAACAACCAAUUAUUGCAUAUGAUAUCGAUGGUAAAGAGUUGAAAGAUGUUGUAAAACUUGACCAGAAAACUGAAAUCGAAUGCAGUGAUUAUAAGUAUGAAGUUCGAUUUAAUUUACAACCUGAAGAAAUUGGUGUUGCCUCUUAUGGAAAAUUGGAUAAUAUACAACAGAUUAGAAUGCAUAAAUCUUUGGAAGAAAAGUGUGAAACAGAAAUACCCGAAAAUGUUAUUCUUGAAUCGCCGAAUUCAAAUGACCAAGCCGAGUGUUCUAAAAGUUGUGAUACAAGCCUUGAACAAGCUACAAUUAAUUUUCAAUCGAAAAUUGAAUUAAAAGAGACAGCUGAACAAUUUGAAUACACAGCACCAACGUGCACAAUUUCUAAAUCUCAAGAAAUCGAGAAAAACAUCGAUGAAGAGAGAAUUGAAACAUUUGAACCUGUGAAAAUGGCUGAAACAAUAUUAUUACAAUCUGAUCAUAGCACUCGAAAAAUAUUGGAUUCCACCGAAAAAGUUCAGUUUCACGAUAAAGCAGUCAAAGUAUGUCACGCUCCAAUUGAUACUUUGUCCAAUGUUUCACAGAACAUAGAUGAGAUAAAAAUUGCGAGCAAUGAAAGAAGAAAAAACGAAAAGUCACAAUUCGAAUUUGAUAGUAAUAUGGAACAUUAUGACAUUAUUGAGCCAAAAACCACACUCGUUGUUAAUAUUCCUGUUGAAAAUUUGAAUCAAGAACAAUACAUAGAAGUAGAAGCUAUUGAGAGUGAAAGCACACAAAAACCAAAAUUCCAAGCAAAUUUUGUUCAUGAAUUUUCUGAUAAAAUUACAUCUGAAAUAAUAAAACCAGAAGAUAAUAUAAUUGAUUACACAUUAGAUCCUGAUGAAGACAAAAUAUAUCCAGUCGCACAUAUGAAUAUGCUUUUGAGACAGGAAUGCAGUAAUAAAAUGGAAACUCGAGUCGGGGAAGUCAGUCAAAAACAGUCAACAGAUGAGUCUAGUUUGACUACCAGUAAAUCGGAGGUCAUUCACCGUACUGGUUCAUCAAAGGGGGCCUCAAAAACACGAUGGUCAUUAAAUGAACAAGAUCAUUCAAGUCCGAGCAGUCAUAGCGUCGAUAAUAGUCGUCCGUGUUCAUCGGACAUUGAAAAUUUGUAUGUUUCAUACCCAAAUUCCUCAGGAGAAUAUCAAACGGCUUUGGAUGCAUCAUCACUUAUUCCUGGUUCAACUGAAUAUCAUACAGCUGUCAGUUCUUUUGAUCACAGUGGGAAAACUAUAAGUUCAGAAGAAAGCAUGAAAAGUUUUGAUUCGGAAAUCUCUAGUAACUUGGGAAGUAUAGAAGUAUCGGAUGCAUCAGAGACGUUGGUACCAUCAACUGCUGACAUUGACCUUGAAUUUGAUGAAAAUGAACUUCGAUUGUCGAGCUUACAUACUGUCAGUGAUAUUAUCUUGGAUGCAGAAAAUCCACUUGAACUUGAUUCUGAUGAAUCUGCAGGUCAGAUGAGACGUUCACAUGAAAUGAUAUUUGCACAUGUUGAAUCAUCGAACACAACCGAUAUGCCCAAUCGUAAAGUUAGUGAAGAAGAAUUCAAUGUGCAACAAUUUUCAACAACCCUUGGCGAUGCCAGUAAUUUGUCGAUAAGUUUUUCAACAGCAUCGAACGCCGAUACAAUUAUUGAAAAUAUUCAAGAAGAUAUGGCAACUUCGUAUGAUGCUGUAUCACUUGUUGGAAGUUAUGAAAGAAGAGCAAGUUUGAUGAAUGACAUUUUCUCUUCUCAAGAAAAAGUACCUCAUGCUGAAACAGAUAAUGAUAGAAUAACUGAAAUUGAUAAUAUGACACCACGUCGAAGCAAAGGUCACAAGCGUAAUGACAGUACGUGCAUUGAUCUUGCAAAGCUAUCACAAGAGAGUACAGACAGUUUGCUUGAUGAAGAAAUGAUUAUUCACGAUGUUCGGGAGGAAGAUGAACAGAAAGAAAGUGGAUCAGACUCCGAUUACGAUCGCUAUGAAACUGAAUAUUCCAGAUCAUUUAAGACACCAGAAAGUAAAAAUUUUCAACGAAAAAAGAAAGCAAUGUCACCAAAAAGUGCACAAAAACCAGAACAAGAGCAAACGGAACGUAAGAAAUCAAUUCCGAACAUUGAAACAAUUGUUGAAGUAUCUGAAGAUGAUAUUCAAAAACUACGUAAUCAUGGAAUAUCACAGAAUAUGAAUAUAUAUAACUAUUCAAUAAUACCAAACAUAAAAAUAACAGAUAUAACAGAUGAUCCAACAAAAUGUUUUGAAAAAAUGGAACCUAUAACAGUUCCAGAAAAAAAAACCGAUAAAUCAGGAUCAGAAUUAGAUACUGUGAGCAAGGACACGAGAAUUUCUGAAGCAGAAUAUGAAAAACUUAUUGAGCGCCAAUACAAAAAUCAAGAAGAUCUAUAUGAAUCAAAAGUUGAUUCAGAUUUAUGUGACUCAUUUGAAUUAGUAGAACAGCCAGAUAUUUCCGAUGAGUUUGUAAUUAUCGAGGAAGUUGCAAGAGAAGCCAAUGAGCUUAUGACUGAAGGUCAAAGUGUUUCAAUUCAACAGACACAAUAUGUGAAGAAACACGAUGAUGAAGUUGAAAGAAUAAUAAUAAAAUCAGCACCGGCUGCAACAAAUGAAGGAUCAACUUUAUUGCAAGGACGCCAUGAUUUAGCAUUUGAAUUUGAAGAAAGUCCAUCGAGUGGUGCCAAUACUGAGUCAAGUGAAGACGGCGCUGGAAUUGAAUCUAGUCGCAAAUGGAUUGAAAUGCAAUUGGCAGAACAAGCUCAAAACUUACGAUAUCCUUAUGAUAUCGAUCGCGGUGCCCUUGAAGAUAUUAAAGAAGAAGAUACAGAUUUUGAAAUUGGCAGUAGUCGAAUUAGUAGUUUCAAGGAUUCAUAUUCUAGCAACGAUUUUGAAGUAGCCGGAACACGACGCUAUCAAAUAAAAGACCAUGAUAAUAUUUCGGUUAAUAGUUUGCAGGAAUUUGAAAGACUUGAACAAGCAAUUUCAUUGGAAAACAAAAAAUUCCACUCAAGUUCAAAUGAUUCAUUUAGUAAUGGCAGUUUUCCAAAACGUGGUUUGCGAACAGCUCAAGCCGAUGAAAUCUCUUUAUGCAGCCUACAAGAUUUUGAAGGAUUGGAAAAUGCUUGCUUGGAAGCUACUUUAUUGGAGCUUAAAGCCAAAGAAGAGCAUGCCUUAUUGUUCUCACGUUCCGAUGAAUCAAAUAAAUCCAAUAAAUUAGAUCGUGGUUCAAAAGUAGGUACAAUUGCAUCAAAGUUAAAAUUUGAACUAGAAGAGGAUAUUUCAUAUCAGAUGGAAGUUUCCACUGACAGUUUGGAAGCAAAGCAAAUAAGCAAAAAGUUAACAUACAGCAAAAAUGCAUCUCAACAUGGUAGCAGCGAUAGUUUGGAAAUAAGUAGAAGUGCCGAUAUAAUGACAAGCAGCAUCGAUUCAAUCGAGAUUUCCAAAGAUGGAAUAACUUCCAAAACAUCAAAAUCCGAGUGUGAUUCUAUCGAACAAAGUGCACGUGUUGAAAAACGCGACAGUAUCGAAUCAAUUGAUGCUCAAUAUGCUGUAAUGAAUAAAUCUUCACAUGUACAAAGUGAUUCUGUCGAUGAGAAUCUUCUUGAUCUUUGCUCAUCAAGCGCAAUCGGUGGUACUACCGAAAUCAAAAUAACCACUUCAGUGGCAUCAUCUGGAUACGGUGGUUGUAUUAGCAAGGAUAUAUCAAGUGAUUCAUUAAAUCUAAACUUAGAACCAGAAUUACUCGUAACGAGUACUGAGAGUCCCGAUAACACAUGCUCUACAUUUGCAACGUAUCAAAUCCAGACCGAUUCUCAGAUGACAAUGUCUGGAAGCCUGACAAGCUGUGAUUCAAAUACUCUUGUUGACUCUUGCGAAACCAUCAAUUACAAUGAUUCAUCGAAUGUAAUGCCUGAUAAUACGAUUGGGGCUUCAACUACUUUGACUACAACUAGUAUAAAUAGAUCGAUUAAUCGUCAGUAAUUUAUUAACAAUGAAACGUCAAGUUUUUUGAAGGCGAGUCUCAAAAGAAGAAAAAUGAACGGUCCCGUAAAUAAUUUUGUAAGUAGCAAAUAGUUAUCGUAAUUAACCCUCUAGUGAUAAAUUAUCAUCAUCUGAUAGCCUUCAGUCUGAAAACAGUUUAUUUAUCUGCCGUGUCGAAAGUGCGUAAAACUGAGUUCGGGAAUUUUUUUCUCAUGAUUUAAAGUAUUUCCUCUUUAUCGAAAAAAUAGAAAUAAUUAAUUUUUGUUACAUAAUAUAUCAUAUGUCCAUAAAGUCUACACAGUAAAUUCAGGCGUUUAUUGCGCUACAUAAACAAAAUCAAAAAUGUCAAGCAAUGCACAUAGGACACUUAACGAGACUCCCACUCUUCUGUCAAACACAAAAAUGUCCAUUAGCAUAUGUCCAUUCGUGAUGGCGUACAAAUUGGAUUUACGAAAAAGUGUCUCAAAUGGAUUUUGGCAAGCUAAGUUCAAAACAAAUUCUGCAUGUGUUUAAAGAUGAACCAAAGUC